AUGAAUGAAUAUGAGAAAGCUGAAUCUUAUUUUCAAAGAUUAUUACAAGUUUUGCCAGUCAAACAUGCAGAUCGAGCUUCAAUCUAUGAUUAUAUGGGAACUCUAAAUAUGCGUAUAACUAAUUGGAAAGAAGCAUUAAAAAAUUUUAAUUUAGCAUAUGAAAUUAAAAAGAAAGAAUUACAUUCAAAUCAUCGAAAAAUAGGUCGAACAUUAAAUGGUAUUGGUAAUUAUUAUAAAGUAAUUGGAGAUUAUUUUCAAGCAAUGAUAUUUUAUGAAAAAGCUUUACAAUGUCAAAAUGAUCUAUGUGCUAAAGCUGUAAUUCAACUUAAUAUCGGUGUCAUACAUUCGAUGAAUAAAGACUAUGAUCGAGCACUUAAAUUUUAUUUUGAAGCGCGUCAUAUUCUUGAACAAAUUCAUCCAUGUCCACAUGAAGAAAUAGCUCAAUGUCAGGCUAUUAUUGGUAAUCAUUAUUUAACUUUAAAAGAUUAUAAUACAGCCGAAGCUUAUUUUCAUACAACAUUUGAAAUUAGUAAAAGAAUUUUACUGAAUGGUGAUCAUAUUCGAAUUGAAUCUGUAAAAUUAUUAGCUGACUUAUAUAAUAAGCGAGGGAAAAACAGAAAGCUAUUAAUUUUUGUUAUGAACAAUUAUCUUUCUAUGAAAAAGAGCCGUGUAAUAUAA